AUGGAAGUUUCAGAGAGGAACAAACACCAUUACAUUCUCUCAGUAUUCAUCAUCCUCGUUACUUUCAUCUUCGACAAUGCACACUGUAUCAGGUUCCCGGAUCGGGUCGCCCAACCCGCCCGAGACCAAACCGAUCAACAGCACUUGCAGACGGCCGUAUUCGCUCUCGGAAGUUUCUGGAGAUCCGAAGCUGUGUUCGGUUGCUUACCCGGCGUUGUUAGGACCACUGCCGGGUAUGCUGGCGGAUCUAAACCUAAUCCUGAAUAUCGAAGCUUCGGUGAUCACGCUGAAUCCGUUCAGGUUGAGUAUGAUCCACGGCUAAUUAGUUUUAGGGAACUACUUGAUAUUUUUUGGUCGAGCCAUGAUCCCAGGCAGGUGUAUGGCCAAGGUCCUGAUGUGGGUAAUCAGUACAGAUCUAUUAUUUUUGUUAAUGGAACUGAAGAAUCAAGAAUGGCUUCGGUCAGCAAAGAACAGGAGCAAACCAGGUCAAGAAGCAGCAUUGUAACUACUUUAAUUAUGCAACUUGGAACAUUUCAUCCUGCAGAGCCAGAGCACCAGAAAUUUGAACUGAAGCAAAAUACCUUCCUUCUUCAGUUAAUUGGGAACCUGCCUGAAGAGGAGCUCGAGAGCUCAAGCCUUGCAACGAAGUUGAAUGGAUAUGUAGCUGAGCUUUGCCCUCCAAAUAUCCAAAAGCAUAUUGAUGCAAAGAUCAACGAGAUUAUAAAAAAGGGUUGGCCCAUUUUAAGGGAAUUGUAA